UCAAAAAAAAACUAGAUAUUAUAGUAAAAUAAAAGUAUAUAAACUAUAUGUAUAUACAUACAUACAGUAUAUUCGCCAACAUACAAUUACAUGGAACAUAUUUGAUAUUAUACCCAGGUGGCCAACUGAUUUUAUGGGCAUGGGCUGUUGUAAAAGGUUGUUCACCAUAAAUGAUAUCUAGGACCUUCAAGGAUGGAUGGAUGGAUGGAUGGAGCCUGGAUGGAUGGAUAGAUGGAUGGAUGGAGCCAGCCAUCCAUCCAUCCUUGAAGGUCCUAGAUAUCAUUUCUGGUGAACAACCUUUUACAACAGCCCGUGCCUGUUUUCGAAAAAAAAAUGGUUUUAACUGCAGAUAAAAAAGGGAAAUCAUACACUAGAGAUAAUACUGUAUACAUUCUCAAAAAAGAAAAAGAACAAAAUAGAAAAAAGUAGGCCUAUAACUGAACAAACAUGUUCUCUAAACAACGAUUGCAACCGGUCUCUAUACGACCAAUUUCUUUUUGGACAACAGGCCCCUGUUCCUGACAAAAUCUCUUAUGUUUUGAACAGUUCUUUCUCUCAAAACAGGGUCCUCAGCAAGCUUACACUGCUCACACUCCAACAUUGUUGCGAGGCUUCCCUUUGUAAUGUGUGAUUUGAAGUGUUUCAUGGCAGCACUAACUUCCUUUUUGCUCCACAGCCUUUUCACGGAUCUUCUUCGGUUGACCUCUGUCGAUCAUAAAGAACAUUUUCGUCUUGUUUAGAUUGUGUACAACAUUCUAAGUUUAAUUUAGAUUUAAUGUUCAGCAUAACACCAGUUAUGAUGAAACCAGAAACAUAUUACAUGUAGCCCAUUAAAUCUUGUCCACUCCUUUCAUGGGCCUGCACCUGCACACUUGAAACUGCAACGUUAAAAGGAUAAGCAGCUUAAAAAUAAAGGGAUGAAUAGGUGGAGUCCUACCUUUGGAGCUGGUGACCUCACCCUUGGUUUCCAACCGAUUCGUUUUUCCUAAAGAAAACAAGAAAUGCUUUUAUUGCUUUUGGCUUUUACAUUUGUCUGGAACUUAAUUUACAAAACAAAAUUAUGCAAACAAAAAAAAUUAUAUAGUCGUAGGUACGAGGCUGUGCUGAUAUAGAGCGACAACAUUACUCCUCCAGUUGUACAAGUUAAAUUCAUAAAUUAACUUCAUAAAUUGAUCAUUUAAGAAUGUAUUUGCUUCCGCCAACACAAAUAGUCCUGCAACAUUAGUCGGAGCGGAGCGCGUUACAAAGUAACGUGUAAACAACUUAAAUCUAAGCUAACAAACUAAUUUGUAUCCCAGUCCAAAUUCAUCCAGCUGACAUCUAUAUACCUUUCGAACUCUUGGCCUCUUCCUGGAUCAAAGUCAUCUUUUUCUUUUUCCCUAAGGAAAAGAAAGCAACAUGUAAAUUGACUUGAUUUGGGUUGGCAGCCUGAACAUUACUUUAGUCUCUCCAGUACCUGGUUAUCAAAAGGACCACUCAUGUUAAAUUGCUGAUUAAAUUUACCUUUUGUGAUGUUUGCUUCAUCCUUGGUCAAAUGUUUUCUUUUCCCUAAUAAAAAUAAAAAGCAAAACCUCAAACCCAUUCCAAAAUGUAACUUGACAAUCCAUAUAAAUUGAGUGUCUGAGAAUAAUACAAAAAGUAUUCCAAAAACCAGCAAUGCAAGCUGAUGCAAGCUUUGAUUGCAUUUCCCAAUUUUAAAACGAAUGAUACAUCCAAUAACAAAUACUAUGAUAUUAUUAUAAUGAAGAGCAAUGUGCUAGAAACGCCAAAGACUUAUUGGUUCCAAUCAACGGCGUAACCACGCAUUCUUUGGGGGGGUCGUGUCCCCCCCAAUGUUGAGAAAAUACUAACCUGUCCCCCCCAAUAUACAGCAGGAUAAAAUGUAAAAUAUAUGACAUGUUCUCUUUUUAUGAACCCUGUCAAUGGAUCGGUCUUUUGUUAUGUCUUAUUUAUUUUCAAUUUAUUUCCGUUUGUUAAGAAUCCCCCCUCCUAAUUGUACACUUGUGCGAUUUAGUUUGAAACCACCUCGCGACUUUCUGCGUUGUCAUGGUUACCCCACACUCUUUCUUCAGUGAGAGCCAAGAAAGUAAAGAGUAAUGGAGGAUUUGAGGUUACCGGUACGUAAAAAGCAGAAGAAACUGGACCAACAGCCAAGCAUACGGAGUUUUUUUCAGACAGCAGCACAGAGAGAGAAGGAGAGAGACAGCCUAGACAGGCAUGCUGAAAGCAGUGGCCAGACAGGGACGUGCUCUGAACAUGCAGGUGAUCAGGCAGCACAGACAGACAGGGAGGCAGAGAGGCAGGCUGAAAGCAGUGGCCAGACAGGGGUAUGCUCUGGACAUGCAGAUGAUCGGGUGAGGAAUGAAUGUGAAAUAUAAUGCAAUUUAGUAUUGCUCAAAGACAGUCAUUUUAAGUAUGAAGCUAAGUAAGGCAUUACAGGUACCUGCAUCUUGUGUAUGAUAAGUGAAAAUAUACAGGUAAUUCCAACGCUACACGUUAUAUUUCAGGAGACUGACAGGGAAAGAGAGACAGAGCCAGGCAAAGGAGGCAGUGGUUUAGAUCAGCAUAAGGAGGAGCUUGGUACCUGCCCACACCAGCCCAAUACCCGCUUUAUCGAAACUCAGUCCCUGAAAAAUAAAACGCUCAAAUUUCAGGACAGUUGGUUUAGGCAGUACAAAUGGCUUCACUACAGUCCCUCACUGAAAGGUGUGCUUUGUUUUUAUUGUUCCAAAUAUUUUGGAGAACAGAAAUCCGCUUUAGCCAGUAAGGCUGAUGGUGCUUUUAUCAACACUGGUUUCAGUAAUUGGAAAAAAGCUCUCCAAAGGUUCUCUGAACAUGAAGACAGCGAUUGCCAUUCAGCAGCGGUGACAACAUAUUUGCACCAAAAACAGCCUGUCAGUACUCAACUUUCCUCUCAGUUGCAAAAGCAGCAGCAGGUGGCCAGGAAUAGUUUCUUGAAGAUUGUGGGGGGGGUGAUGUGCUUGGCCAGACAGGGCAAUGCUUUAAGGGGGCAUGACAACAAAGAGGGCAACUUCCACCAGUUAAUUAAGUACAAGGCAGAGGGUGAUGAAGAACUUUUAAGCUGGCUUCAGCGGCACAACAAUUUCACCAGCCCCAAAAUUCAGAAUGAGGUCCUUCAAAUUGUCAGCAACACAAUUGUACGCGAAAUAACACAGGAAAUCCACUCAUUGCCAGUGGUUCAGUUUUCCCUUAUAAUUGAUGGGACACAGGAUGCAGCAGGAGUUGAGCAAGAGUCCUUCUGUCUGCGCUUUGUUGACAAAAACUUGCAGCCCAGAGAGGAAUUCAUAGGCCUGUAUCAGGUCACAUCCACAACUGGAGAAAACAUAGCUAGUGUAGCUAAAGAUGUUUUGAUUCGCCUAAAUCUCCCACUUUCACAGCUACGAGGUCAAACCUACGAUGGGGCAGCCAAUAUGUCUGGCAGGAUGCAAGGUGCGCAGGCUCAUAUCAAGAAAGAGCAGCCUCUUGCAGUAUAUGUUCAUUGUGGGCCACACUGUGUCAAUUUGAUCACCCAAGCUGCCUGUGUAUCCGCCCCCGUUAUAAGAGAUGCAAUGCAGUUAGUGCAUGAGUUGGGCGUUUUAUUCAAUCAGUCUGGGAAGUUCAAGGCUAUCUUCACAGCUGUAGCAAAGUCAGAUCGAACAGCUACGCAUACAUCUUUGAAGCCUCUCUGCCCCACCAGAUGGACAGUCCGAACGCCAGCCAUGCGCUCUGUCCUCUCACAAUAUGAAUCUGUGCUCACAGCCACAGAAGAGAUGUCUCAAUCCACCACGAUGGAAAUGUCUGCAAGAGCCAGUGGCCUUCACAAAAGCUUUUUGAGGGGCAAUACCAUUCUCGGCAUCAUUCUGGCAGAAGAUGUCAUGGCUGUCAUGGAGGAGCUGAACAUUUCUCUGCAGCAGAGAAGCCAAACUACAUCAGGGAUGCUGGCUGCUGUAGACCAUGUGAAAAGAGGCCUCCAGGCCAAAAGAUCUGAAGUGCACUUUGACUGGCUGUACUCCAGAGGUUCUCAGAUUGUCACAUCUCUUAAUCUGCAGCCAAUCAAGAUGCCUCAUGUGCGGCAGCCUCCGAAGCGCUUCACUGGUCCAGCCACAUCACAUUCUCACUCCACUGCCCAAGCGUACUACAGAAUGCAGUACUACAAUACCUUGGACACUGCUGUGGUGCAAUGCAAUGAGCGCUUCAGCCAGGACGGGCUUCAAAGACUGCAAAAAUUAGAGGAUGUACUCAUCUCUGGGAACAUUGAUGCAGUUGUGGAUGAAUACCCAGAGUUGGAUGCCAUGGCUUUAGAAGUGCAGCUGAAAAUGUUCCAGGCCAACUACACUUGUACAACUUCCUCAGAGGUAGCAGACACUUUCCGGGAAAUGGUGCCAGAGGUGCGACAUCUUUUCAAGCAAGUCGAGAUCCUUUUGAGACUGCUGAUGGUUGUUCCUGCCUCCUCAGCAGAGGCAGAGCGAAGUUUCAGCGCCUUGAGACGGCUGAAGACAUGGCUGAGAACCAUGAUGACGCAGACCCGGCUGAACAACGUUGCCAUUCGCCAUGUUCAUCAGGAAAAGUUGGAUGCUUUGGACAGGAAACAGAUCUGUCAGAGCUUAGUUGAGCUUAAUAAUGAACGCCUCCAGGUUUUUGGGUCAUUUAUUUAGUUAAUACUUUUCCAUCUCAGUCCUAUGCUGCCUUUCCUUUGGCUGUAGCACUUUUACACCUACAUAGACAUCCCAUGUUCAUUUCUCUUCUGUGUUCCAGUCAAUGUAAAUAAUUUUCAGUG